AUGUUGUAUCUGGAGGAUUAUCUAGAAAUGAUUGAACAUUUACCACAAGAGCUAAGAGAUAGAUUUACAGAAAUGCGAGAAAUGGAUUUAUCAGUUCAAAAUAAUAUGGACACCCUCGAAAAGAGAGUUCGUACUCUUUUCGGUGGUUGCCGGAGAGGAGAAAUGGGUACUGAACAAGCAAAUACAGAGUUUGCUGAUAUAAGGCAAGGUUAUAACAAAACUUUGGAAGAAGCAGACGAGAAGGUAGCUCUCGCUAAUCAAAUGCGGGAAUUGGUUGAUCGAUAUUUACGAAGACUAGAUACAGAACUACAUAAAUUUAAAUGUGAACUGGAGGCUGACAACAAAGGAAUAACUGAAUUGUUGGAGAAGAGGUCCCUAGAGCUAGAUGUCAAUACAAAUCACACGAGUACACCUAAUAAUAACCACUACAAAGAGAACAGAUAUCGCAUCCGCCCUGAAAAGCGACGAGACAGCUGGACCACAAGAGAUUCUCGUACUCAUAACAACACUACAACAAAUUUGUCUAGAACUGAUUCUGCUAUUCAGGCUGCUCUGGGUCGUGAUUCUUACACUCUAGGACAUGCUGGCAGCGCCAUUGCUGCAGCCGCUAGUCAAGCCAUUGCGGCUACUCAGCAGAUGCAGCAGGGGCGGCGUACGGCGUCGCUGAAGGCGUCGUACGAGGCCGUCGCCGGCGGUGAACUCGCGCAUCACACGCUCCACACGCCUCAUCACGCACACGACCACGGUCACAACUUGUCUUCAGGCCACACCCAAACAACUACCAUUCACGGCCACCAUACUACCUCACAUGGUCAUACCAACUCUUCAUCAUCAAACAAAAGACAAAAGCAAAAGAAGACAAGUAGUUACAGCUCUUCCUCGGGGAUUUCAGCACAAACACAGCAAACUGCUGUGGUCGCUAGUCGUUCAUCUUCACCUACAGUUGUUGGUAAUAUGGUAAACAAUGUUGCUAUUGAAGAGCCGAUUGAAGAAGAAUGGACAUAUGACCCCAACGAACCAAGAUACUGCAUUUGCAAUCAAGUGUCCUAUGGUGAUAUGGUGGCGUGUGACAAUCAAGACUGUCCUUAUGAAUGGUUCCACUACCCAUGCGUCGGCAUAACCGCUCCACCGAAAGGCAAAUGGUAUUGUCCUCAAUGUCAGAGCAACCGCCGCAAUCGAGCCCACCGCAAAAAUUAA